AUGUUGUUGUUAUUCAUUCAAGAUUGUUCAAAGUUACAAUUAUUAUAUAUAAUGGGAAAUCUCAAAUCCCGUUUUCGUCAGCGUAAAAAUGGCGAUACUGUGCCAUCAAAUAACUUGUCAAGUUCAUCGUCUCAAGCUUCAAAAUCAGGUCAAAAUGAUGCCGCGCAAACUGGUGGUACUAAUUCCAAUCGUGCUCGUGCUACAGAACCAGUAGCACCACCGACGCGUGACAGUGAACCAGCCACUGUAGCUCCGCGUGGACGACCAUGA